ACUUAUUACUAUUGCUCAUUUUCUCCAGAAAGGUCUUGCUCACCCAUUCACCCCUAAAUCACGGGUGGGCAACAACCCCCAGGACAUUUGUCAGAUUAAAACCAGAUGCAGCCCACUGCCGCGUGUGUGCGCUCACUUUACACACAAAACGGUCUAUUUACGUUCCAGGACAAGGCUGUUUAAUGCGCGCAAUUAAGGACGCAGCUGCAAAGACGCUGACUCGUGUUUCCGUCCGUAACUUGUCGUGUGGUUAUGACAGGGGAGGGGCAUUUCUGUGAAAGUCGGACUACUACUACCACCAGCCGUGUCGUCCUCUCCUCUCCUCCUCCUCCUCCUCCUCCUCCUCCUCCUCUCUUCUACAUUUCAAAACUGCUGUCGCGGGGGAAGUUGUGCCACAGUGAGCGUUCGCUUCAGAGCCACGCGUGCCGCAUACGUCAUUCAGAAAUCGGUGCACAAGAGGCGCGAAAACAUCCAGAGACAAUGUUCAGGUUUAUUAGGCGCUUCAAACGGCAGAAGUGUCAACUUUGUGAUGGGGAAAUAACGCGUGGGCUCUUCUCCACUGCACAAGGCUGACUGUGCAGCUCCCACUUGUGGAAUACUUGACAGCAAUUCUUCGCCUCGGUGAGAGUAGAGACGGCGUCUCUUUGCUGCGAACAGGUCCUUUAAGUCCUUCAACACACUUUGCUGAGAUGUAUACGUUCUAUGUCUUUAUUGAAGUAGUGAUUGCUGUUCUCUCAAUAUCCGGCAACGUACUGGUUUGCUGGGCUGUCGCCAUCAAUACCACUCUGAAAAACGCCACCAACUACUUUCUGGUGUCUCUGGCUGUGGCUGAUAUUUUGGUCGGUUGCCUCGCAAUCCCGUUCGCCAUUACCAUCAGCAUCGGCAUAAAUCUGGACUUCUACGGAUGCCUCUUCCUGGCCUGUUUUGUCCUGGUCCUGACCCAGAGCUCAAUCUUCAGUCUUUUGGCCAUUGCAAUCGACAGAUAUUUGGCUGUGAAAAUUCCUCUGAGGUACAAGGAGCUGAUGACAGGAAAGACCGCCCGUGAGAUCAUUGCUAUUUUAUGGAUCCUUUCCUUUGUCAUUGGACUCAUCCCGUUCUUUGGCUGGAACCACAAACACAUUGUUUGUGGGAAAAGCCGCUCUGGCAGCGAAAACACUUCAAACACUUCUAGCCUGAUUAGCAGUGACGCUGGUGCGCCGUGGAGCUGCAAACUGAACUGUUUCUUUGAGAGUGUGGUGGACAUGCAAUACAUGGUCUACUUCAACUUUUUCGUCUGCGUGCUGCUGCCGCUCCUCAUUAUGUUAGGCAUCUACCUAAAGAUUUUCACUGUGGCCAGGAAGCAGCUGAGGCAAAUUGAACUCGAGUGUGUCGGAAACGGGGACAGCCACCACCACGGCUUCCUGCAGAAGGAGAUCCGAGCUGCCAAAUCCCUCUCCAUCAUCGUGGGACUCUUCGCCCUCUGCUGGCUGCCCGUCCACAUAUUGAACUGUCUCACGCUGUUCUACGAUCAGCUGGAGAAGCCGGAGUAUGUCAUGUUUGUGGCGAUUAUUCUCUCCCAUGCCAACUCUGCAGUCAACCCCAUCAUCUAUGCGUACCGCAUCCAGGACUUCAGGAACACUUUUCGCAAGAUCCUGGCCCAACAUAUCCUGUGCCGCAAGGAGGAGCCGUACUCGAGCUCCAACGGAAGUAAGCGCAACAGGGACCAGAUCCACAUGACCAUCGACCCUCUGCUGUAGGAGAUGUUUGUCCAUCAACUCCGUUGUCGUCUCUUGAUUUUUUUUUGUCGACGAUCGAAGGUUUACAAUGUUUACAGAACAAAGGUGUUGUGGGUAAAGAUGAACCUAGGUCAAACACACCUUGAAUGUGGACUUUUGAAUCGUGUCAACUCUUCAGGGGUAAACAGUGACACAUGGGCUAUGCCUAUGAGUCUCGUGUAACAUAUAUUCUGAAGAAUUGAAGUUAACUGGAUUCGUCGUAACCACGAAAACCCCCCCCCCAAAAUAUUACCUUUUUUCCUCGUUAUGACUUCCCUGUUAAUUUACAUCAUCACGUCGUGUUUGUAAGAUAGUGUUUAUCAUUGUAUUUAUUUAAGCCUCCUUUUUAUUAUUUUUAUUGUUUAAUCCUGCAUUUUGUACACACCCAGCGUCCUCGGAACAGGUUUUUGCAUCUUGUCCCAGAAUCAGAGUGUGAGGGAAAAGUUGGCACAAGCCGUGCAACGAGACACAAAAGGUCAUCACGAGGGUUAAGAAACGUAUAUAUUUGAGAAUGUAAAAAUGAUAUUUAAAAAAAAAAAAAAAAAA